AAUUGCUUAAUAGGCCUCAUCACAGAAAUAUCACAUGGUCUAAAACUCUGCAAGCUCCAAAGUGGAAGUCUGGAGUUUAGCGAAGAAGAUUUGAAGGAUUAAUGGCCUUUGCAUCGAUGGCCGCAGUGGCAGCGAGGCCAUCCUCAAUUGCUCUACUAACAAGAAGAAGACCCAGAUCGAUUUUCACUCCAUUGGCUUCUUUAUCUUCUUCAUUUAGAACGAGAAAGUUGGUUCUCUACUCGAAGCCGGGAUGCUGUUUGUGUGAUGGCCUCAAAGAGAAGCUUCAGGCUGCCUUCUUGCUUUCUGGUCCUCAUUCUCUUCACGACGUUGAUUUGCAGGUAAGGGAUAUUACAAGCAAUCCUGAGUGGGAAAGAGCUUACCAGUACGAGAUACCUGUGUUGGCUAAAGUACUUUCUGAUGGCACUGAGGAAACUCUGCCUAGAAUAUCACCUCGACUUGGAGUGGAGCUUAUCCAAAAGAAGAUAGCUGCUGCUUUGUCACAAUAAGAGUCUGGGUAAUUAAGAUCCUAGCAUAAGUUGUGCAACUUGUAAUUAAAAACUACAAGGAUGAAUACAUAGGAAUACAGUCUAUGUCCAAGUGAAUUCUGGGAAUGAAAAUAUUUCAGAAUAAUUUCAAAAAACUAAUUUGCUUUGUCA